CGACAAACAUGUCCGACUGUGGAGUAAAAUCUUUAUCCAGUAGAUUAUUAAUUGAUUGUUGCUUUGCCGGAUCCCAUAAAAUCGGAGGAGUGCAUAGUGUUUCAAGUUUGGUACAUUCUUUGACUGGUUGGGAGUAACAAAAAUUUUAUCAACUUCAACUACAGGUUAUGAGACUAUGGAUGAAGACAAAGUCGUCAGUUCUCCUGAGAGAGAGAAUGACGAAUUCAGCAGAAUCAUUGGCCACACUACAUUUCAACAUUCUUGGGACGUCGCUGUGCCAGGCGAAGAAGAUCUGCCACUUUUACCAAAGUCAGAUGAAAAACCAGAGACUGUCGACACAGGCUCUGAAAGGAGUACUACAUUAGAGGACUCGGCGGAAAAAGAGCCCGAAGUUCUUAUUCAAUUUGAAAAUCAGGAGGAAAAAUUGUAUGAAAAUGAAGAUUCCUGUGACAAUGAAGAUUCCUAUGGUUAUGACGAUCAAUAUGACUACCAUGACGCUUAUGGAUACGAUGGAUCGUAUGAAUAUGAUGGAUCAUAUGACUACGAAGAUCCUUAUGGACUAAAUCCAAUGAUGUUCGGGAGAAAUAAUAGAUUACCAACCAGUAAUAAUGGGUCCCAUAUUAAUCCAAGACUACCGCUGGGAAAUCUUCAUCACUUACCACCUCCAAGUUUUUGGGCCAAUACUCCACCUCCUAGAAUGAUGGGUACAAUGCGAAUGCCGAGAUUUGGAACUCAUAUGCCAAUGGGUCAACCACUAGGGCCAAGAGGAUCGAUGUUACCGUUUCGGGGUCCGACACCACCAAUGGUGACGAGUGCCUUGCCUAGUACUAGCACAAGUCUUUCUGCAAACACUACUGCCAUUGAGAGUUCCACAGUUAGUUCACAGAGUCCGCAACUUCAGAAUAUUCUGAAUCAAGCAUCGCUUAUUAUGCAAACACAAAAUCCAAACUUACCAAAUUCCGGAACCUCUCAGACAUUACAUUCAAGUUAUCUUUCAACUAGUAGUCAACCUCCUGGAUAUGGAGGAAGCUAUCCGAACUCACUAAAUUCUAAUUUUCAGUCUCAUCCUUCUUUCAAUACUAGUUUGGAUUCGUCAGUUUACAAAACCUCAAUAGAUUUACCCUCAUCACCAAAAGCUCCAGGCACAACACAAGAGUCAGAUCUUUUGGUACGCAGUGACAAUGCUUAUUCCCCUGAUGAUCCAACCCCAGAUGAAACGGUCUCCUCCGAGGCUGAGAGUAACCAGGUAGUUCGAAGUAAUCCGGUGAUUGAUGUCUCAGACAUUCCGACACCCCAAACACCUGAGAAAGUUGAAAAAAUUGAAAAUACCGAAAAAACUGACAAACUAGUGCCAACAAAUACUGUAGAUGCUGUCGAAUCUACUAGUGUUGUUGAGAGUCCUAAAAUGAUAAAGCCUGUUUUGGGUAAAGCUCAAGCUAAAAAACGUCUUAUGGCAUUUGCAAAUAAAUUUGGUGUUCUUCCCAAAGUUCAACCUGUCAAGCCCAAGGCAAAGAUAGAAACUACUGUGGGGAAGUCUGAAACUAUUUCGAAGCAACACAGUUCAGAUGGUUCAAGGGCAAGGACAGAGAAAGGCAAGGGCAAAAGUAAAGAUAAGGCAAAAUCUUUACUUGACGAAGUGAAUGAUGCUAAAUUGAAAAUCGAAUCAGCCCUGGAAGCACAACAGCAGCACAGCAGUAGCGGAAAGUCCAAAAAACAUCAUGAAGACAGAGUUCCAGCUAUCGAGGAAAUUGUUAGAGAAGAGUCAAUGACCAAGGGUUUACAGGAGUAUAAUAACCUUACAAUGAAUACUGAAAGAGAGUCGAGUGGGCGUGGCAGUAGUGGUGGAAAAGGAAGGUGGAAGAAAUCACGCCACAAUCAUUCGGAUGAAGAAAAUGAUCACGGUUUAACUCCACUAAGGAAGUUUUCAGAAAGAAGGAGAAGGUACAGCAGAGAGCGUGAUAAGGACUAUAAAUCAAAGGAUGAGAAAGGUAUAAAGGAUCAAUUAACUCACAAGAUUUCCCAGGAUAAGGAUUCCCGCAAAAGAGAAAAAGAGAAAAGUAGUAGGGAAAGUCGAAGGGAAAGAAAAUCAAAAGAGAGAGAUCGCAAGGAUUUCAGCAAUUCACCAGCAGUCCGGUCAUCUAAAGAAAUUGAAAAAGAUAGGGAAAAGGAAAGAGCAAAGGUGAAGGAAAAGGAAAAAGAAAAGGAAAGAGAAAAGAAGGAAAGAGAAAGAGAAAGAGUAAGAGAAAAGGCAAAAGAACAGGAAAGAGAAAGAGAAAAGGCACGAGAACAGGAAAGAGAAAAGGAGAGAGAAAAGGAAAGAGAAAAAGAAAAAGAAAAAGAAUUUGCAAGAUCUAAAAAUUGGGUGGAGUUGAAAAAAUCUUGGCUCUCUUUGGAAGAAAUAGUUAAUCGACGAAAGGAAGAUCGAUUAAUAAAGAACAGAACAGCACAAGAUUACGCACAGCAUUUCGACCAGAUGUUAAUGAUAGGUGAUCAUAAUUUGAAACGUUAUCCUAUCAUAAUUGAAGGACAGGAAGGACCCCGAGAAUUUCCUCCAGAGUCCGUCCGAGUAACUAAACGAGGACGAGGACCUCCAGUACUAUUUUCUGAAAAUCCUCAAGUAUCGUUGCUACUCAAUCGUCAACAGCUUUUCCAAGCUGUUUCCUCUGAUCGGCGAGACAAGAUGCGACAGAUAUGUGAAGCAAACCGUAUCCACGCGAAUUUGACCGAAGUGGACGAAGUGGAUCAAUCCCGAUAUUGGUACAAGAGGAUGGAAAAUGUAAACUCGUUGGAAAAAGCUACAUUGUCAGAAGGAGAUGCUACUCCAGGGUCUAAGUGGGAAAGUGACAUUACAGUUGUGUCUCUCAAAGAAAAGAGAAAGGUUUUUGAGAUAGUUACAGAAGAGGCUGUAGGAAAGAAUGUCAUACUUCAGUGGGAUGACAAAGAUAUUGGCGAAGUAAACAAACUUAAAGAGCCGAAUGUGAAAGAAGGUAUUUGCGUAACGAAAUCAUCUGGGGAAUCUUCUGUGCAGUCCUACAGCCACUUCCGCAGAUUGCCGCUGGAUACUAAGCUACCUUCGUCUCAAAGUCCACGUGAUCAUUAUGUACAUCCUGAAUCAAGUAAACUUGUUGCUGUCACAGAGAGGGAUGAUCGUGAGUCUUCACCUUCUGAUACUGCUGGGGACCAGAAACUUGCGUCGGAAUACGAACAGUUCAUAAAAAUGGUCAGCAAUGAUGUUCCUGUACCAGCCACUAACUCUGAUAAAAUAACUUCAACUGAUUCGGUUCCCUCUUCGUCAUCAUACAGUAAACCUGUUUUGAAACAAUCUACAAACAGUAAUACCAGGGAUCCAUCAAAGUUGGGGAAAAUGAAUGAGGAUAUCUCAGUGAAUGAUACGCUCAAUGACAUAGACGUCAGCGAUGUAGAAAGUACCAAUAAAUCUGAUAGAACUCUGGAAUCAACAUUAGUAGCUGAAACUGAAUCAAAGAAGUCUAAGAAAGUAACAGCAACAGAAAUUGGAUCAGAUAGAGAUACAGAUGCUGCAAGCAGCAGCAAAGAAGAAGACUCCGACGCAUCUCAAUCAGUUCCUAGUGAUUGGGAAAAUGUUAAGAUCAAAGAAGAAAAACUUAGCGAUGGAAGUUUGGAUAACAAACAUUUGAAAAAAAAAAAGAGACGUCGAAAGUCAAGUAGCGAUUCUUCAUCAUCAUCAUCAUCAUCUUCAUCUUCUUCCUCAGAUUCUUCAGAAUCUGAGGAAGAUGACGAAGAGGAGAAAAAAAGAAGAAAGAUAAAAAAAAGCAAAAGCCAAAAUAAGGGAAAAGUAAUUCGAAAGAAAUCAAAGAAGAAAGCCAAGUCAAGUUCAGAAUCUGAUAGCAGUGAGGAUCAAUCAAGCGAUUCAUCCACUGAGGAAGAAAGAAGAGUGAGAAGCAAAAGAAAACGGAAGUUGAAAAAAAAGGGGAAAAAAGUAAUUGUUAAAAAGAAGCGCAAGCGAAAAAUAAAAACUGACUCAAGUAGCUCUGACUCGGAUAGAAAAUUGAAACGAAUCAAGAAAAAAGAGGAUAAGCAGUUGCGAAAAAAACAAAAAGAGAAGAAGAAAGUCUCAGAAAACAACGGUGAAUUGUCGAAAAAAAAGUCUGUAGACAUGAGAAAAAGUGAGAAAAAGAAAACCGGUAAUGAUAUAAAAGAAUCAUCAAAAGAUAGCAGAGGCGUUAAAGAAGAAAAGAUCGAUUUAAAAAAAGUUGAUAUGCCAUUCCAUGAAACAGACUUGGUUGAGAAGGCAUCUGUCCAUCGGAAAAAUCGUGUCCGAGAAUGUAGCCUUGAUGGUAAUUCGAUUAUGGCAGAAGAGGCAAACGAGUUUGAUAGUGAAGAAAUCUUAUGUGUACCGAAACGGGAUCCGAGGAAAAGAGCUAAUGAAAAAGAAAAGAGAAAGGACAGAACUCAUGAUACCUUUUUACAGGAAUGGGAGAAAGAAAGUAUGCGAAUGACCCAACAGAUUAUGCACGGAGAAGAAAUUUCAAUGCAUGGUCUUGAUAAAAAAAAAGGAAGGAGCAUGAAUGAAAACAGUAUCGGCGACCCGUUCAAUAUUCAAGAAGACGAUAAGUUAAAAGAACGGGUAAAAGAAGUUAAACUUUUGGAAGAAUGGGAAAAAGAAAGUGUUCGAAUGACGCAGCAAAUAAUGCAGGAAGAACCAGUAUUCAAAGAAACUACAGAUAGAAAAAGCAAAAGUAAGAAAAGUAGCAGUGAGUGGGAAGAAGAUGACGAUUUUGCUUCAACCGACAAUUCAAACAUUCCACCGAUAUCAGUACUAGACCAAUUGACGAAACGAAAAGAACGCCUAACCGAUGAAUGGGAGGUCGACAGCUUGGAAGAGAAUCGCGAAGUUAAUGAGAAAAAGAAAGCUAAGCUGGAGAGAAAAAUCGAGAAAGACAUAAAGUAUGAUGAAAAGACAGAUACCUAUAUAACUAUUGAAAGAGAAAUUGGCAAGGAUCAUAAGAAGAAACAUAACAGAUUGCCAGCCCUCAGAAUAUGGGAAGAUGAGGAAGAAGAAGGUGAAAAGGAGGCAAUGAUGCUAAUUAAAGAUAAAUUUAAACACACAAAAAAAGGUGAAUCAAAAAGCAAAUGGGAUUUGGAUGACUUGGAGACAAACAUAGAAACUGGAGGAGAAUGGAGAAAUACGGAAAAAUUAGAAGAUAAUCAGAAACUCGCAAGAAAUUGGGAAAUUGAAAGAUAUGACCGUACUGCAUGGAUGAAUAAAGAAGACAAUCUGGAAGAUACAAAAAAUAAGAAACGUAAAAGUGACACGCAAGAUAUUAGACGGCUUAAAGAAUAUUAUCAAGAUAAUCGUAAUACUACUGAUCAAAAUAAAGCUGAACUUAGUGGAAAAGUAUCACCCAAUGACUGGAUAAUUAUGCAGGCUGAAGAAGUAUCAAGCAGUAAGUGUUAUUCCCAUAAAACUGGCAGCCUGACUCCUAGAACGAAAUUACAUGAAGGCUUCAACAGCGAUGAGAAAUCUGAAAAGAUGAAAUUCCUUCAACACAGCAGUAGAAAAAAAUGGGAAGACAGUGAUAAGACUAGCGAUUGGGAGGAGGCAGAAGAGAUUACCACUUCUAAUAUUGCUACGGACCUUAUAAGUGGGUGGACGAAAUCUGUUGAUAAAAUGAAACUGGAUGAGGGUGGGAGUUCAAAGACCACAGAUUCAAGUCAACAAAUCAAAACGAGUGUUUAUGAACCAAAGAAAGAUAAAAAAAGUCGAUGGGAUGUUGAAAAUUCAAGCAAGUACAGUGAACCAAAUGAACAACUAGACCUUCAAAAGAGUGAUUCGGAUAAACUACUAUUGAUAGAGUGGGAGGAGGAACAUAAUGAUUGGGUCAAAAGUACAAUGCCAGCUCAAGAUCAAACUCCCACUAAGUCGAUAUCACGCGAUGAAGAUUUUGUACAUUCUACUUCCGCAGUAAAUGAUAAAGCUUCAAAAUUGGCAACUGAUGAUAAAACCAAAAAACGAUAUAAGGAAUCCAAUGAAUUAUGUGAAUCGUACGAUUUGAUGGCUUCUAAAAAGAUUGAUUACACGAAAAAUACUUCGAAAAACCAAAAGUUUUCUGAAAAUAUAUGGAGCAAUGAAAAUGAGGAAAAAACUCACAAUUCUCUGAGUUCGUUAAUAGAAUUGAAUUUCAAACAUACGCGAUCUGCUUUAUCUGAUCAGGAUUCUGACAGUUCAGACGUUACUUCGGAAGAGGCUAACUCUGUGGAUGCAAACUCAUCAAAGUAUAAUAAGGACAAUUUGGAAUUAUACAGUCCGAGUUCACCAGCUCUUUCGCACAGGUCUGAAGAUAUGGAUAUUUCAAGUGGCAGUAAUGAAAAUCACCAAAAGGAUGACGUAUUGAUAUCGAAUAUUCCAUUGCCGUCGGAUGAAUUUCCAGUUAUGUUUGGAUGUCAAGUUGCUAGUAUUCCAAUGCCUGUUUCUCCCCCAUCUCAUAUUUCUAGUGUCCGCACUAACGGUGGUUCUGAGUGCAAGAUUAGUGUCGCCGUUUUGAAAGGAUCAGAGAAACCUACCCAAAAUUCACAAAUUGAAAUCAACACCAAUGAGCAUACUAAUUCUCCGAAAGUUGGAUACAACUACACUGGCGUUAGCCUAGUGCCUACUGAUGAGAAGUCAAAAUGGGAGUCUGACGAUAUUGAUUUAAAGAAAUUGAGCUCUGAACAUUCUGACAAAUCAUCUGUCUCGAGUUCUAGUGCAGAAAUCAGUGUCGAAAAAGACACCGGCAAGAAGAGUGUUGACAUAUUUGCUGAUUUUCAAUCAAGCAGUGACUCUAAUGGAAAAUCUGCGUCAGAAAAUGAUUUUAUAAGUAAUAGCGUAGAACUUGAUCAGAAGGAAGAUAAACUUACAUCUCCUUUAAAAUUAAUUCCAAAACAAAUCUUGAUUCAACGUAACUCUGAAUUCAGAAGCAAAUCAAUUCCCGAGGCACAAAAAGCAGACAUAACUCAAGGUACUAUUUCAUUUAAAAUUCAGAAAAAAAUUCUACAAACAAGUAUUCUGCCAAGUGAUGAGAACGAAGACACAUUAGAUGAAGUUGAAAGACAGUAUAAGUCAGAGAAUCAAUGUGUUGAUAACAGCGCGGAUAUUGUGCAAAAACUUGUAGUUGACGAUGUAGUGGGCGUCAAUCCGGUAAAGUUAAGUCCUGUGAAAGCUAGCGUACGAAAGGAUUUGUUAGUCAGAAUAGAGGAGAAAAGAACAGCACCUAGUAAACAGUUCAUGAAAACGUCGAGUCCCAUGUUUGAUAGAAGCAUGCUAAAGUUCGAAGAAUCAGAAAGAAUGGAUAGUGACAAGUACAACGAUUUUCUAAUCGAUAAACGAGAUGUUGAUAAGCCUAUUCGACGUUCAAUCUCCCGAUCUUCAUCUCGGUCAUCACAUUCACGAUCACGAUCGCGAUCGCGAUCAAGAUCACAAACGCGAACACGAUCACGGUCACGCUCUCGAGAUCGCAGAAAGAAAAGUCCUGAAAGAAGAGAGAGAGAUAGGUGGGGUAGAGAAGAUCGAAGACGAACCAGGGGAAUUGAAACAAGAGAAAGAGACAAAUCAAGAAAAAGGGAACGACUUGACACUCCGACUCACGAAAGUAGAAUUAGAAGUAACAUCAAGUACUCUGACAGAGGAGAGAGCCGCAGACGAAGUAGUCCAAGCAAAGGUAGACUUGGUGACAGACGGAACCGAUCGAAAAGUCCUGUUACAGGUAAACGUACGGCUGAUCGAAGCAGAAGUCGUAGCCCAAUGGGUAGACGAGAUCGUGAUAGGAGUCCAAAGAGAAGAGUAGAUGGAGAUAAGAAGAUGAAUAACAAAGAUUUCUUCAAAGGCGAUGAAGUUUCUCCAGCUGAAUUAAAAAUUUCUGAGGAUAGAAGGGAGAGAAUCAUCAAAAGUCCAAUUAGAUAUCCGGUUUCAAGUCCUGGGGAUGAUAACAGUAGGAAGUACGGAAGUGCAGAACGUAAGAUGGAUAAAGAAAGAGAUCGAGGGAGGUACAGGGAUGGUAUUGAAAGAGAUAGAGAGAGGUCUUAUGACCCAAUGGAAAUACUCAGAGAAAAGGGCUUUGACAUGGAACGACAUCGUAAGAGAUUAAAUGCAGAAACUGAAGAUAGAAAGCAUAACUGGAAGUAUGAGGUUGACGAUGAUAGAGAUAAAGAUACUUCGAGACGCUUGUUUCCGAAUGAAUUUGAACUCGAUUUCGAAGAGGAUCGUCUGGGUAGAGCUAGUGAUAGCUUGGAUAGAGAGAUAGUGGAAGGAUCCAUUAAAUCACACUCAUUGUCCAGAGCAAGAUACAGUGAAUACAACAGGGAACAAAGCGAAGAAUCACGAUUGAAAUGGACUAGAGAGAAACGUAGGGAUAGAGAAUCUCCAAAUUGUGAAGUACGUGAAGGUAGAUCUUAUUCAAGAUCGAGAUCUCCACCUCGACUAGCACAUACUAGGACGUCAGUAGAUCGAUAUAAGACUUCACGUAUGAGUAGGUCAAGAUCUCGAACUCCAGAGAGAAGUAUGAGGUCUGCAAAAAGGCUACAUAGAUCAAGAUCUGCAUCUCUUGUAAGAGACGAAGAUGAUUCAUCGUUACGAGAAAGUUGUACUGCCGGUAGAAGGAUAGAAACCAUUGUACAAUCAGUAUCUACUGUCACAGGGAUUACAGGAGUUAUUCCUGACUCUACAAUAUCUGAUUCGGAGCUUCUGCCAAGCAAUGAAUGUGUAAACCACGAUAGCUCGUUGCGAUAUGCAAAUAAUCCCAAUGCCAGUACAAAUGAGUACUAUUAUUACUCUGAGGGAAAUUUAACAUAUCCUCCCCGCAUAGAAGAGUCGCAUCAACCAGCUGCCAUUGGAACAAGUUCUCCUAAGCGUCUUUCUCUCGAUGACAGGUUGGAAUUAGAAUUGGGAAUCAAAAAGAAGCAACAACAACAGAUUCCGCUCACUGUACAGGAUAGUCAACAUGUCGGUUAUCAUCCUGCGGCCUUUUCUACUAAUAUUGCAACUUAUCCAUCUAUGCCUCCUACCCCGAUACCACCACUGCAACAGCAAUCUUAUCAACAGCAACAACCGAAGGUGCUCCAGGUUGGUAACGUUCUGCAAGUUAUACCUUCGGAAUUUACCGGUAUUACCACUCCGCAACGAGAGUUAUCUACUAUUGGGGUAAACAGUUCUAGUCACGUGGUACGUGUAGGUAAUGUUCUUCAAGUUGUUCCAACAACUCUCGAUUGGGCUGCUGGACCUUCUUCGGAUACAAUAAGCUCCGCAUAUCAUCGCCCUUGUCAGCCUACUACUCCUAUUGGAGUUCCACCCCCAUCGCCUGCGAUAACUCUCAUCCCUGCUAGCACCACUUCGCCUAUUCCCGUACCUAGGCCAGCAAUAAUUCCACCAGUCGUUCAACCGAUUUAUAAUUAUGAAGCGAUCUUGGAAGAGCGUAAGAAAGGGCGGGAGGAACGGAAGAAACUUAGGGAAGAACGUAGGAAAGAAAAAGAAGUGAUGAGAAUUGAGAGAAGAAAACGACGUGCAGAACGUCUUGUGAAGAAAAACCUCACCCUCCGUCAGCAGGAAGGGGCUACUUUUCAGCUGCAGCACGCGCCAUCCCCACCUACACCGACUUUUACUGGAGGAGAAGAUGAAGAAGACGAGGAAUUAAUUUCCAGAGACAAUUCACUACCUAGUUGCGAUGGUGAUCCGUAUCAACAAAUCCAACAAUCGGAAGAACAAAUUGAUGAAACCGUCGAAGGAUUAAACGAGGGAGCCGUGAAAGAAGCAAAGGAUGGCAAGACUGACUGGCUGCCUCUUUUACCACCACCAGCUAAAGGCAUUUUAAUAUCUCCUGGUUUUGGAAGAGAGUCUUUGUCAAACGGGAAUCCAGGCUAUCUGUUUGAUGUAGAUGAGGAGGAUGAUGAGGAGGUGGUAGGUGAGGAACGAGAACAACUAGAUACUAGUACCGAUGCUGAAUUUGCGUUUACGGAAGAACAAGUAGAGAGACAACUCCAAGCAAUAAUGGAAGAAUCAAAAACCAAAGACGUAUCUGUUGCGGGACGAUCACGAGACGAAGAGAAAGACGUUGAAGUUCGGAAAAGAAAAGUUUUCAGAAGGAGGAGUAGAAAGUCUGUACAGUUUGCCGAUGGGGUUAGGCCAGGAGAAGGAACCAGUCCAAGCGGCGGUGAAGGUGAUAUGCCAUCGCCACCACCGCCGAUAUCCGUCUUGCCUUUACGGAACAGCAAUAUUAUAAACUACAAUGCUCUUCGAGCGGGCGAGAAGAAGAUAAAGGUUAAAAAAUCGAAGAAAAAACAUCAGAAGAUCAAACCACCCAAGACGAAGAAGAAGGUCAAGGUAAAAAUUAUAAAAUUGAAAAAAUCUCGGGCUACUGUUCCUUCUCCACUGACAAUUGAGGAUUUGGACGAGUUGGACGAACGAUCGCCGCCCCCUCCUCCGCCAGGAUCUCCGCCACCGCCGCAUCUUUGGCCGUCUUAUCUUGCGGCUUACAAUGGAGCGGUGAAUUUGAAUCCUAUAAAUACCGAACCUUUGCCUCCUCCUGCGGCUCUAGCUUCACCACCACCAACCCCACUUCCUCUUUUGAUUCCUCCACCACCUUUAAACUAUACAAUUCAACCCUGCAAUAAAACUUAGAAAUAAUUUAUUGCGUUCCUUCGUAAAAUUUACUUGCGCUUUUAUCCCACGUUAAUAACUUUUAUAAACGAUCCUUUUUUAGGCCGUUGAAAGAUUAUUAAAGUUGAUCCCCGUUGAUGAACUUUUGGCAAAGUAUAUAGUUCAGUGAAGAGUGAUAUAUUAUAUAGUAACGUACGGAUAAUUAAGUUUAACUUAUAGUUGUUAGGAUCGUAUAUUUCGUCUGUAACGAAUGUUAUGAUAACUGAUAGUAAAUUCAUAUUAAAAUUUAAAA